AUGGCAAUUGAGAUGAUCGGUGCUGUCUAUUGUCCAUUAUCACCUCGAGAUCCAGAACAUCGUCUACACGGAUUGCUAGAACAAACCGAGAGUCGUCUCAUAUUUAUCCAUCAUUCAACAAAAAGAAAAGCUGGCAAUACUAUAAAGGCCAUUGAUAUGGACUCAGUAUUAAUUGACAUUGAUGUUCAAACUAAUAAUGAUUUCGUUUCACUAUCCAGCAAAGCGAUUGCACCUGAUGGUAUAGCGUAUAUUAUCUUCACAAGUGGUUCAACUGGAGUACCGAAAGCAAUGAGUUGA